GGGCAGCACCUGUGUAAGGCAAAAAACCUAUCCGGCCUCGGGACCCAGGUUUAUAUAAACUGCAGCCUGGAACUGACAAACCAGGUGUGGUGAGAGAGGCUUCUGACUCUGGCCCCCUUCCUGUUGGGCUAAAGAUCUUUUGCUGACCUCCUUGUAGGCUCUUCUUGAAUCAUGAGAGAUGAAAUAGCAACAACAGUCUUCUUUGUGACAAGAUUAGUGAAAAAACAUGAUAAACUGAAUAAAGAGCAAAUAGAAGACUUUGCAGAAAAGCUGAUGACAAUCUUGUUUGAAACAUACAGAAGUCACUGGCACUCUGAUCACCCUUCUAAAGGGCAAGCCUUCAGGUGUAUCAGGAUAAACAAUAAUCAGAAUAAAGAUCCUAUUCUAGAAAGGGCUUGUGCUGAAAGUAACGUGGAUUUUUCUCACCUGGGACUUCCAAAGGAGAUGACCAUAUGGGUAGACCCCUUUGAAGUGUGCUGCCGGUAUGGUGAGAAAAAUCAUCCAUUUACAAUUGCUUCUUUCAAAGGCAGAUGGGAGGAAUGGGAAUUAUCCCAACAAAUCAGUGAUGCUGUUAAUAGAGCCACAUUAGACUACUCCUCCGGCACUUCCUCUGAUGAAGAAAGUUGUAACAAAGAACCUCAGAUAAUUCCUAAAGUCAGCAAUCCAAAAAGUAUUUAUCAGGUUGAAAACUUGAAACAGCCCUUUCAAUCUUGGUUCCAAAUUCCCCGAAAAAAGAAUAUGAGGGAUGGCCGGAUGGGCCUCCUAGGAAAUGCUUAUCAUGCAUUGCAUAAGACCCCUAAAGGUCACAGGCUUGCUGCCGGGCACCGGGUGGACAGGUACCACUGGGUCAACACACGCUGAUAUGCAGCGGCUGGGCCCUCAUGGGCGAGAGCUCAGUGGAGCCACUUUUAUAUUCUCUGAAAUGAAAAUGAGUCUAAGCUGGAGAGGCCCAGGAAACAGAAAAAAUAACUGCAUUAGGGACUAGGGUACAUGAUGGUGAAUCCUCUCAUGCAGAUCGACUAUGUUCUUAACUGUACUUUUAAUUGUUUAAUUUUACUUGAAAUUUUAUGUAACACUAAUGAAUGUACCCUAUAAGGUAAUAGAAUGAAGAUACUGACCUGUCAUAAGAGUCAAUGAAUUAUCAAAAGUAACAGUUUAAAUAAAUGUGCUGUGUUUUUAAUA